GUAACGUUACCUGAAGGCAGCUUAAGUUCGAAAAGUAUGGCGGCGGUGUGUUUGACAACCAUAACAGAGCAAUGGAUACGAGAGAGAUUACAACUAAAACAUCCAUGUCUAGGUGAUGUCCGCUCACUGAGCCUCCCGGGGACGUACGAGGAGAAGAUAAGACUUCUGGGAAACGCACUGAAUAACUUUGUCCGUCUGAAGUCUCUGGACCUCUCCUGCAAUGCGCUGGUCUCCAUUGAGGGGGUUCAACAUGUGAAAGUGCUGGAGAGGCUGAUCCUGUACUAUAACUGCAUACCUUCCCUUGAAGAGGUGAAAGUGCUGUUCGAGCUGCCAGCUUUGAGAGAGCUUGACCUCAGGCUCAACCCUCUGGCCAAAAGUUACCCACGAUACCGUCCUUGUCUGGUGCACGCCAUGCCCAACCUACGCAAGCUAGAUGGUUGUUCAGUCAGAGACACUGAGCGCAAAGCUGCCAUAAUGCAGUUCUCCUCUGACCUUCUACCUCUGCAGAAGAGCUCGUCUUUGACUCAGGUUGCUGACCAGAGAAGCAGUGAUCAGAGACUGGCUUUAGUUGACCGCUUGACCAGGAGGCUCUCUCUCCUGACUGACACCGAUGAUAUUGUGUUGAAUUUUGCUGUGACGAAUCAUGGAGACCAAAGUGCAACCCAGGCCCACUCAGUUCUCAAGGAGGCCAAAGAGGAGGAAUCAAAAGACUUUACAGAACAGAGGUGUUCUACUCCAAAACAGGAAACUGCUAAAUCCAUCCUCAGGUAUCCUCCUACAAAAUACGAUAUCGCAAGGUCCAAAGUGCCACACAUGAAAGAAGCAUCUCAUAAACGAAGCUCUACCUCAUUAAAAGUCACUGAAAGACCAAAGGUGUCCUUUGGCCCCUAUGUAGAGACACGCAGACCCGUGCCUGGAAAACAAAAGCAAAAGGACUUCCCCAAUCAAAGCAGACAUGCAGCCAAGGGACAUUACACCCCCAAUCCUGAUCAAAGUCACGGUCAUAGUUCCUCAUUAGCUAACAUCCGGCCUCCCAGUCCACGUCGUCCUGGUUUGAAUGUGUCUGACCUCUCAAACCCCAUCUUACAUCCUCCAAGACUGACCUACUCCAGCGUAAACGGGACUGAGGGGGGCUCCAGCCAGCCGCAACAAGGGGACAAGAAAAAAAGGGGUAGUUAUAGGAAACCCCUGGAGAUGCUCCUCAACCUCGUGGACAAACACUGGACCGGAGAGAGGUCAUUGCAUCAUAACAACAACUUCCUGUCUCGGGCGGUCCAGAUCCUCUCUAUGAUGGAAAAUGAUAUUUCCAGUCGGGAGGCCGAGGUCAGGACCUUACGACGGGAAGCUGACGCACUAAGCUUUCAAGCGGCUGCACGAGAGGAAGAGCACCAAAGUGAAGUCCGUAGCCUCUCCGCUCAGCUGGAGGUAGCCGGCAGUGGUGUUGGCAAACUAAACGAGCAGCUGAGGAUUGUCUUGGGGGAAAAUGUCGCUCUACAGAAACAGCUCAUCAAGUUAGAACGACAGUAUCUCAAGUCUAUGAUGAAAAGUUCACCUGUUACUCAGAUCAAAGAGGCUCAGACUGAAGUGGAGGAGCUGAGGAAAGAGAUCGAGGGGUUGAGGGUGAAGGUGCAGGAGGCUGAGAAUGUCAAGGAUUUGUCAAAUAUGCUGCAAGAAAGCCACAGGUCCCUGGUGGCUACCAACGAGUGUUUGCUAGCUGAGCUGAAGGGAAGUGGGGAACUUUGAAGAGGAAUUUGAAUGAAAAUAUCAAAGCAAGAAUAUGCCGAACGUCAUAUUAACAUUGCUUUCGCUGCACGAGGCCCAGCAGCUACAGACUGUUUUUUUUUUUUUUAUCAUUUUUUACUUUAUAUCACUGCAGUGUACAUGUCAUUUGUGUGUUCCUUGCCCUUUUGAAAAUGUUUCAUUAUUUAAUUUUUUUUUUUAAAAAGCCAGCGUUUGGUUGAUGUAAACCGUAACGGGGAAAGGCAAUUAAUUCAAGGAGGUUUGUGUAUAAGUGUGUGACAAGGCUGUUAUGUUAAAUGAAUGUAAGGGGGGGAGAAUGUCAGUGAGGAGGUCAUAAUAUAUUUUCUGGAUCAGUGGCAAGAUUGUGUCUCUCUUGGCUGCUUUCACGUUUUGUUUUUUUUUAGGUCACUUCUGUCUCCAUCUGCUUUGUACGCUGCAGUGGAAUGAAUGCAUCUAGAUUCCAGCUGCACUGUGACUUUAUUUAUACCUCUGCCUUCAGGGCUGGAGACACACACACACACACACACACACACACACUAAUGCAAGACCUGGCAAACGUUGGUGCCCCUGCAUGUACCGAGUGUAGCUAUUGUUUUUAUGUGACUGCUCGGCUCAAUGGCCGUCGCUGCUAGUAGGGAGUUCUGAUGUGUUCCCGAAAAAGCCAUAAGAAUAUAAAACAGUCUUUUGACUGACACCCGGUAACCGACUAAGCGGAGGUUCUGGGGUGUGUUUUUUUUAUUUUAAGUAAUGCAUUACAAAUCAUGAACACGUUAAGGGAUCUAUAGAACAAAAACACACUGCAUGCACCGGGCACAAUAGUACAUUAAAAGUUAUUAAAAAAGACAAUAUUGUUCCUCCACAUUGAAGGUGCACAGUAUUUGGCAUUAAGCACAGAAAACAUCACGCUACUGCAGCAGACAAAACAAACUCAAUAGCUGCUAGAUUUGCAUUGAUGCAUGAUUCUUCAUCAGCUGAGGCUACAGGUAGUGUGUGACACAAACUGUCACUAUGUUGGAAAAAUAUUCUACAAAAGUAUUGUUUGCAAUUUUCCCUUUUAUCUCAUACAGAAUACGACCGUAAAAACCUGCGUUUGUUUUCAGUUGAAUUUGUGCCUUGGAUGAGAGUACCGCGCUUAAAAGGUACUCUGAAUCUUUACCAACAGACAAAUAUAAUAGCAUUGCAGCGUAGCUGACUUUGUAUGUACAAGUUGAUACAUAUUGAUUUCAAGCAAAACAAGAUUUUAAUCAUGAUCCCACAAUUUCAUCUGUUUUUUUAGCAAUAAAUUAUUUAAGUCUGUCCUGUACUCACAGCAGUUUAGAUAAGAUAUGACACACUCCUGUCAUCUGUAUGCUUCUGAAUCAAAUGCAAUAUACAUAAACAUGCACAAAGUACAGCAAUACAGAAAACACAACAUAGUAAGCCAGUGUUAUAAAUUAAGCCGUGUGGCUAUAACUUUUUCAGAAUAUACACAAUCUUACCACAAAUAUAUUAGAACUACUUUAGAAAUCCGGUGAGGAAAUAUAAGUAAAAUGUUAAAAAUACAAUCUUGUACAACUGAGCUCGUAUAUUGUGGUUAGAGCUUCCUCCUUCAGCUAAAUACACCAAGUAAAAAAUUUAAAUGCAUGUUGGCAAAAUGGUUUGUAGUCUGAAUAAAGACAUCGAAAGAGAAAAUGGAUUCUAUUGUACUUUUAGUUGAAGUGUUGUAAGCAGGCAUAUUUAAAAGGUUUACAUGGUAGGGGCUUUUUUGUGUUACAUAUUCACAAAAGUAAAAUGAUACGGCAAAAAUCUUCAGUCACAGUUAACUGCAUUGUGUCUUUGCAAACAUUUUUUAAAAAGUUGAUAAAACCCUUAAUAUAUUUUCUUGGUUUGAGCUGAAGGCAAAUUAUUCAAAUGACAGUGUGAGCUUAUAAAAUAAAAUGAACCGCAGAAAUGUAUGAAGACUUAAAGUCACUAGAAGGGAUGGCAGACAGACAAUUAACAUGGAAGAUGGACAAAUUUAAGUUUUCAAAAGAAAUAAACAUUGAUAAUACAGUAUCUGUCACAAAUGUGCCAAUUCUUACUUAAACUCAACAUUAAAAAUGCAUUUCUUCAGCCAAGUAUGGGAUUAGAAAAGAAUUUCCAUUAGAAAGUGCAAUGUUGUUAAUUACUCAAACUGUUGUCCCACUUUUGUUUUUCUUGGCAUGUUCAUUGUGCUCAAUAAAUAGAAGGCCCUAUCGUAAGAACAAAGCUUCAAUGUUCAUAGCAUAGCAGUUUUCUCUCUUGUACUCUUCCGUGUUUGGCAGUAACUUGCAUUCAGACAGGAAUGUACCAGCUGGUGACGACUUGGUAAAAAUAGAUGUAAACAGUUUUCCAGUUCUCACACUUCUCAAAGAGAGGAACUUAAAAACAUCUCUCUCACUCACACACACACACACACACACACGGGUGGGAAAAUAUAUGAAAUCCUAUUAUUUUGUGCUUUGUUUGAUUAUUCAUUUAAUAGAAAAUUAUCCUAGUAGUUGAUCGAAUGUUUAUUUCCUUAUGCUCGCCCUCACAUGGGUUUGCCCUCGGUAGGUUUAUUCACUUUCUUUUCGUAUGACCCUCGAUGUUUGUACCCCGAGACGUAUCCCGAAGUGUCAACCAUGUCCACUCGUCCCGCCUUACCCUUCCCGCGGCCGGUGUUGUCGAAACGCUCCUUGUGUGACCCUGUAAACUUAGUGGGGUCUGUCAGACGGCUCACUGUCGGGGAAGCCACGGCUCUCUACGAGGAAGUUAAGAAAACAUUUGAGUAAAUUCUGCGAUUGCUGGUAUGAAAAGUCAGUAAUAUUUACGCUUUGAGUCUUACCGUGACUCCUGCGAUGACGGGUGUUUUCCCCUCAAUCAGCUUGAAGACCUCGGCCUCAGCCUCGUCUCCAGCCUUUUCUUUAUAUUUCUUCCUGGCCAGAUCUCCGAGUGCAACCUUGAACUCGUCAUAUGUGAUGGUGCGACAGGAUUUCUUCCUGAAAUGAAGGUGGAAAUGUAGCUUAAGUAUGGGAUAACACCGAAUAGCACAUAAAACCCCCGCAAAGAAAUGAUCUCAACUGUGUCUCCGGGGAAGAAACGCUGUAUUUAGGCUCGCUGUAUCAACUUCUCUACAGCCUGUCGGAGUUUGAAAACUUAAAAUGAGAGCGGACGGUAGUGUACACAGAGCCAUGUGUGAUCACUUCAACAUGGCAGAUGUAAGACACAGCAUGGAGAUGGUAUCCUGCUGAGAUAAACAGUGAGAAACCGUUCACUGUUUGGAUCUCGUCUCCCUGUACUUCACUGUUGUCUGAGCAACCGUACAGACUUAUACACACGCACCUGUGGGCUGUAUAUGCGAGUGUGUCUUCAUAUCAUGUAUCAUAUUGUGUCCAGCUGCAGUAGUCAGCACCCAGAGCCCUGAUGGUUUUAAUUCAAGCUAGGGACCCUUAGACCUGUAUUCUCAUUUAUAAGAUCAAACUGUUGAAACAGCUGACAAUACUACACCACAGAUCAUCA